ACACACGGAAACAUCACCACCUGCAAGUGGAGCAGCAUCACUGAAAAAGAGCCAAGAUGCUUACCGUGAAAAACAUGUCCUUCAAGACCGGCCAGGAGAUGAAGAUCACGGGCAAAGCUACUUCUGCCACCGGAUUCUCCAUCAACAUUGGCCACAACGAGGAGUCUGUGGCGCUGCAUUUCAACCCUCGCUUCUGCGCUCAUGGGGACAGCAACACCAUCGUCUGCAACUCCAAGAAGGGGGGUGCAUGGCAGACUGAAACCAGAGACAGCUCCUUCCCCUUCCAUACCAAUGAAGAGUUCAAGGUGAGCAUUCAAUUCAGCGGUGACUCCUUCAAUAUCAAGCUUUCCAAUGGCCACAACAUACAUUUCCCCAACCGAUUUGGGGAUUCUAAAUUCAAGCACAUUCACUUCGAGGGGGACGUCCGGAUCCACAGCUUCAAGAUUAAAUAAGCCAGAGGUUCCCAACUGUUUUUGCCAUGGGACCCCAUUUUGACCCCAUUUCGACAUCCCACAUUUCUGGGGACCCCAUAAACAUUUUAUUCACCAUCAAAAAACUUGACUGAGCUAACUUGCAGGCUACUAAACCAAUAGAUAUUUUUGACAGUCCCAAGUCCCUAUGCAGUGUUUCAUAAUGUUAAAUUACUUUAUAUUAGAUUAAUUGAUAAUAUUUAUUGGUAUUCUUUUUUCAAACCUAGGCAUUUGACCCCAUUUGAAUUCCAGGCAACCCCACGUGGGGUCCCAACUCCAGUGUUGAAACAUGAUGAAAUAAGCCGACCGAGAGCAUCAGCCAAUUUAAUAUCUAAUGCGCACUUCCUCUUUCACAGGAUUGGGAUAAUUUUUUAACCCUAAAUUCAAUCAUAUAUGAACAUUAUGAAUCCAAACAGAGAAUAUCUAUUCUGUACACAGUGCAAUUAAAAAUGGCA